GGGGUAAGACUUUGUUUUAAUCGCGGUAGAAGAACAGUGCAGUAAAUCCGACACCGGCAUUAUUAUUUAAUGUCCAGCUUACUGAUUAUUCUUAACUCGCUAAAACAUUCAGUAUAAGUAACUAAAACGGUGUAAAACUAAGACGUAUUUUCUAAAUAAACGUCAAUAACGUGUAAACAAACGGGACGUCCGAAGUCACUUAGGUAGUUUUACAGCAAAUUGUUUCAACAUCAGGUAUAAUAAUAUUAUCGGCAGUGUGUAUUGCAAAUGUGAGACGAGCGCAUUUAUUCCAAUCAAUUUACAGUUUUUUUUCCUCUUUGUGGUAAUGUGCGUUUAUAUAUUUACAUAUUUGGAUUGUAUUGUCUUGCCUGAUGCCCGGUAAAUCUUUUUGUCGGUGCAACUAAAUUGUAUACAUUUAUUCCGUUAUUUACAUUAGGCUAUAAUUUACAGUUAAUGUGUCCUUUUUCAUCUAAAGCCUAUAUAGCCCGGCGCUAAGGUAAAGUUAUGUUAAUUUUACUCCAAUUGGGAUUUCCUGGCUGAAACAGGGGUAGGCUGUACCGCAAUUCGCAAUUUUGGAACAAACUGCUUUGUUUGCGUCAACCUGAAUAAAUAAAAUACAAAGGUGUAUUACUGAUUACACCCAGUGUGGUUUACAGUCUUUUAAAAUUAAUUGUCUGGUUUACAAUAACUUGAUUUCAUAUGGUUACCGAAAUUACCCGUAACCAGUUGACAACAAAGAGUAAAGGAACUGGCGGUAAGUAGACGAUGCUGGCCUGCGCUGCUCAGCACCUCUUUAAUGCUCUGGUUUUAGUUAGCCUGGAAUUUUAACUACUUCUGACUGAACCAUACCGGAUAGACUUAACUUAUUCUUCCAAGAUUUCCUGUUCUCUGCCAGCUGUAAGAGGGUCACAGUGAAAGAAGCACCAUGAGUUGGAGCUUCCUGACUCGCUUGCUGGAUGAGAUCUCCAACCACUCCACCUUCGUGGGGAAGAUCUGGCUGACGCUGCUCGUCGUCUUCCGCAUCGUGCUCACGGUCGUGGGGGGAGAGUCCAUAUACUAUGAUGAGCAGAGCAAAUUUGUCUGCAACACUGGGCAGCCCGGUUGCGAUAACGUCUGCUAUGACGCCUUUGCUCCGCUCUCCCACGUCAGGUUCUGGGUCUUCCAGAUAAUCCUGGUCACAACCCCCACCGUCAUGUACCUCGGCUUUGCCCUGCACAAGAUUGCCAGGAUGGACGACAACGAGUACCGCGCCGGGGGGAGGAAGAAGCUGACCAUUGACCAUAACUCUCUCCGUGAAUAUGAGGAGAUGGAGAAUAAUGGUGAGGAGGACCCCAUGAUUUCAGAGAACAAUGCAAACAAGGAGGAGAAGAAGGAUGAGAACUCGACAAAGAAGCAUGAUGGCAGGCGGAGGAUCCAGAGGGACGGAUUGAUGAAGGUGUAUGUGUUCCAGCUAGUGUCCCGUGUGGCCUUUGAGGUAGGGUUCCUUUUUGGCCAGUAUCUCCUUUAUGGCUUUGAGGUAGCACCCUCCUACGUAUGCACCCGCAGUCCCUGUCCCCACACAGUAGAUUGUUUUGUCUCCCGGCCCACGGAGAAGACCAUCUUCCUUCUCAUCAUGUACGCCGUCAGCGGGCUCUGCCUCCUCCUAACUGUCCUGGAGAUGCUGCACCUGGGUAUCGGAGGCAUCCGUGACACCUUCCGCUCCCGCUCGUCCAAUCGCAACGCUCUGGCCAGUUCCCGGCCCUCGUUAUGCCGCCAGUUGGCCUCAGCCCCACCGGGCUACAACACGGCCGUGAAGAAGGAUCCGCAGGGCCGGCUUCCCGGCGGUCUCAAGCCCAAGUUCAGGGACAACCUGGGCGACGCUGGACGCGAGACGUUCGGGAGCGAAGUGACCCGCCUGCGCCAGCACCUGAAGAUGGCUCAGCAGCACCUGGACUUGGCCUAUCAGAACGACGGAAACCCAUCACGCAGCAGCAGCCCGGAGUCUAACAGCACUGCGGUGGAGCAGAACAGACUGAACUUUGCCCAGGAGAAGCAAGACGCAGCCUGUGAAAGGGAUCCUGGCCUGAAUGUCACACAAUGCAUUUCCACUCGAUCCUUCGAUCUACAGAACUCUCACUCCAUGGAUCGGGAGACGUGCUAAGACGACGUCGUCGGACUGCCUACACUGAGUAUUGUGUGUCUGUCAAGAGUGUGAUGCAGGGAUUUCUAUAUUUGAAUGUGCCUUACAGUAUUAAGGCCAGUGAAUGCCGAGAGGAAAUACACACAAGCUUGACAGCUAUACCUCUCGCAGACAAUGCUGGAGAGCAUCUCAUCCUGGCUGGAUGCACGGUGACUAUAGAUCACCUGCCCAUACCAGUCUUAAACCUGAGGGAAUUCUGUUGCCAUAAUUUGUGCAGGACUCAAAGGCUGGCAACCCACAUGCACCAGAAUUAUUAGUAGUGCAAUGGGGUAUCCCAGUGAAGUCUUGUUUGUGGUGUUUACAAUUUUUAGUCAUUCCAAAAAGGCUAACCUUUUGUUUUUGCCUUCUCCCCUCCUGGAUUUUGUGAUGACUGAAUAAGCAACAAACUGUCAUCGUUACUUUAAUUGAGGGGAUUGAAACUGCAAAUUGCUUAGGGCUUCUUGUUCUGUGGGGGAGUGGGACACCCCGUUAAUUAUGCAAUACCCCUUCCCGCGGAAAAUUGUAGCAGGAUUUUUUUUCUCUCUUGCCUAGGUUAGCACUGCAGGAUAUCUCCUUUUUGCCUAGUUUUAGGAAUGCAGUCUACUGCACAGUAUGAGUUAUAAGAAGCAGGUACGUUUUUGUAACAUGGAUAGUAGCUUUUGUCUGUGGUGUAUGUUAAAGGUUAGCUAUGUUUUCUUUAAUCCAAAAGUGUGCAAAAAACAAACCUGGGAAAUGCUUGAAUAUUAUAGUCACAACAUUCUGUUGCAUUCUGGUACACAUUUUUCCCUUUCGUUAGUGAAUUGUGUAUGUAGAUUUGGAAAGUGGAUCCUUUUCUUUGACAUAGAUAUGUGACUUAGUGGAACUGGUGUGGGUUGUAGCAGGGGAGGAAAAACUACAAACAAGAAAUGCACACACUUCAUGCAAAUAUACCGCUGAUUAUGCACAGUUUACAUUUCAAAAUGUUCUUGAAUAUUUCAUACCUGAAAGUUGCACAGUUAAAACAUUGUUUUUGGCUGUCUGUUAAAUGUCCUGAAGGGAAUUUUUUUUGUUUUCCUCGUAUGUUGCUUUAAAAGUAGCUGCAUUUUAAUUUGAGGUUAAAUUUGAUCUAUAUUUGUAUGCAGCGUUUCCUUGUAACCCAUUUAUUAAAAACUUGAUUUACACUUCAGUGCUAGUAGCUAGAUAAUGCACAGACUUCAUGACUUAAUGUUCUGAGCUGUUGAAUUUCAUCUGUGUUUGUACUUGGUCCUGAAUGCUCAUUUGGUGAUUCACCUAGAACUGGAUGGAGGUCUUAGUACGAUUGUUAGUCCAUUGUCAUUAGUAGUUCUCAAAUUUAACAGCAUUGAAAUAUUUCUGUAUCCACUUGUAUACUUAUUUUUAAAACUUUGUAGGAAAAAAAUAAAGAUUAAACUUGAACUGG